AUGGUAAAAUUGGAUAAUGGGAGUUUGCCACGUCGGACGUCGUUCCACACCCUUCCCUUCCUUCUUCCACCGCUUUGCGUUCGUACUUAUUUUGCCUUUGCUUCGCUUGGCUUCCUCGCUCCCUGGUCCCUUUUUUUUAUCAUCAAUCACGCGCAGCUCCCGCAGACCCCCACCCAAAACCCUAGCCGCCGCCGCCGCCGCUGGCUGAGGACAUGUAUCCACCGCUCGGAGACGCAUAGGUUGUGUGAUACGAGUGGGAGAAAGCUUCUUCAGCACGUGCUGACCUCUCAGCCGCGCCGGCAUGGACAUGGAGAGGCCAUAGAUCGCCGGAACGCGCCUCCGCCGCCGGACGCGGCGGCGGAGAAGGAUGAGAGCUCCCAGGGUCUACAACUCCCAGAGGACAUCCGCUGGGAGCGGCUCGACAAGGCGCGCUUCUUUGUCGUGGGCGCCGGGCUCUUCUCCGCCGUCUCGGCCGCGCUCUACCCCGCCGUUGUUCUCAAGACGCGCCUCCAAAUCGCCCCUGCGGCGGCGGCGGCUGGGCCGGCAGCGCCCCCGCCCUCCGCCGUCGCGGCGGCGACUGCCAUCCUGCGCCAGGAGGGACCCCUCGCCUUCUACCGCGGCUUCGCCACAUCCCUCGCCGGCACCAUCCCGGCGCGCGCGCUCUACAUGGGCGCGCUCGAGGCCACGCGCUCCGCCGUCGGCCCAGCCGCGCUCAGCCUCGGCGCCGCGGAGCCCGCUGCGUCGGCGGCAGCGGGCGCAGUGGCGGGCCUCGCCGCCGCUGUCGCCGCGCAGGUCGUGUGGACGCCCGUCGACGUCAUCAGCCAGCGCCUCAUGGUUCAGGGCAACCCCUGCCCUGCCUCCCGCUACCACGGCGGCCUGGACGCCUUCCGCAAGAUCGUGGCGUCUGACGGGCUACGCGGCCUGUACCGUGGGUUCGGCAUGUCCAUCCUAACCUACGCCCCCUCCAAUGCUGUGUGGUGGGCAACUUAUUCACUGUCACAGAAGAUAAUUUGGAGUGGUAUUGGCUGCUACUUGUGCGAGUAUGGUGUUGGUGUCCAGAAAAUUGAUCUCGAUGAUGGGGAUUCUUUGCUGCAGCCAGGUUGCAAGACUGUCAUGGUAGUUCAGGGAGUGAGUGCCGCGAUGGCCGGUGGUGCAUCUGCGUUUGUGACCAUGCCACUGGACACCAUCAAAACCAGGAUGCAAGUCAUGGAUGGGGACGGUGAGCCGAUUACCGUGGGGAGGACAGUGCGUAGGCUGAUCAAAGAAGGUGGGUUGGCUGCUUGUUACAGGGGCCUAGGGCCGAGGUGGGCGUCCAUGUCAUUGUCUGCCACCACCAUGAUUACCACCUAUGAGUUCCUCAAGCGGCUCUCAGACAAGGGCCAGGAGAGUGAUCUUGCAUGA